AUGGCCUCCAGCUCCCUCCAACAAGCCACCGCACACGCCGUCGCAUUCCUCACCGCCCGUCUCGCCGCAAAGUAUCCCCCCGCAACCCUCAACAAGCUCCAGAUGGUCCUCGACGCCAACCUCACCGCCCACUACGCCCCCUCCUGGAACCCCGCAGAGCCGGUCCGUGGCUCCGGCGCCCGCUGCAUGGCACUCUCCCCCGACCAGCUGCCCCCACGCCCCAUCUGGUCCGCCUGCACAGCGACAAGCGUCCAGUGGUUCGACUGGAUGCGCGCAUACGGCAACAAGCCCUUCGACCUCUUCGUCGACCCAGGCUGCGUCGCCAUCCGCCGCGACGGUCAGAUCAUCACCAUCUGGUCAGACGAGCCCGCACCCAAGGCACCCGCAAAGCCCCUCUACCACGCACCAGUCUUCGGCAAGACAUUCGCGCAGCAGGUAGUCGAGGCAGACAAGGCAGAGGAGGAACACAUCUUCCACCUCCUCGCAGACGAGAUGACCGCGCCGACCUGGACAACCCCUAUCGUCACGCACUUCCCCAUCCCACGCCGCUCCGCCUCCCCACUCUCCAGUGUUUCCGAGCACUCACGCUGCAGCUCGCGCUCCUCCAACUCGAGCUCCUCCGGCUUCUCCUUUGCCUCGGACACCGCCUCCUCGCGCACCUCCGCGUCCGCGAAGAGCAGCCCCGGAGGCAGCGACUACAAGCCGUCGCGCCGCGAGCGUGCCCGCCAGGCCCGCGUUUUCGUUGACACCUCCAAGACCGAAGUCACCCCGUACGACGGCGGCAAGACUACCGUUCUCACCGGCGGCGUCAUGCUCGGCGGCGCGUCCGCGAAACCCAACAAGAAGUUGUCUGUCCCCAGCAGCGGCAUGAGCUCCUCGGCCAGCUGGCGCUCUACCCGGGCUUAG